GAUGGUCAAAGUGGUUUGUUUGCUGGCGGCUCUUUUGGCCUUGUUUCUGGUGGUUUUGGCAGAUCCAGAAGAGUACGAUACCGAGCACACUUGGGUAGCUGGAUUCCUCUCGCUGCCAUUUCCCAAAAACGCUGUACUGGGAGGCGUCUCAACCCUCGGAUAUUACGUAUACGUAGGACGAGUGAAGUACGAAGGCGUAUUUCCCGUUCAGGUGAUUGCUGAGACCGGUGAAAUCACGUGGAGCAACGGCACAUAUGCCUAUGUAGGUACCAAAAACUAUGAGCUCUUGGUGACGUCGAGCAACUCCUCCUUCGAGUGGAUAACCAGUCAUGAUGGAAAAUACGAGAGGGGUUUGGUAGCCGUUGGAACCUCGAUCAGUGACGAAAGGGUUUUCGUUUGCCGCGCAAUAACGUCGCUUGGUCAGCUUCCCGGAACCCUGAUUCUCAGCUUAAAGGUCUGCCGCGUUUCAGGAAGUACGGUCAAGUAUGACAAAUACGAGGUUCUAGUGGCCCGAUAAGCCCGUAAAGGAUUUACACAAGUUUAAUCAAAAUAAAACAUUUUAAAAGGCAUACAAAAUUUUGGAAAAGCUCCUGUACAUUUUGUAAACAAUAAAAAGGUAAUUGUA